AUGGUGGCCAGGGAAUCGACGGACGGGGAACGGACAGCCGGCGGUUUGCCGGUGCCGGAGGGCUACGAGCCGAAGAGCGAAGCCAGCCUGGCGGCCUACCUGUCCGGUGUCUCGGCCGUCGCGGCGCACCUCGGCGGCGCGGCCGGCGAUUGGCGGGUGCGGGAGGUCGGCGACGGCAACCUGAACCUGGUCUUCAUCGUCGAGGGACCCGCCGGCGGCGUCGCGGUGAAACAGGCCCUGCCCUACGUGCGCCUUGUCGGCGAAUCCUGGCCGCUGCCGCUCAGCCGCGCCCACUUCGAGCAGAUGGCGCUCGCCACCGAAGCGCAGCACGCGCCCGGCCUGGUGCCCGACAUCCUGCACUACGACCAGACCCUGGCGCUCAUCGUCAUGGAACUGCUGCAGCCGCACAUCAUCAUGCGCCAGGGCAUGAUCAAAGCGGUGCGCUAUCCGGGCUUCGUUGAGGCGAUCACCACCUUCAUGGCGGGCACGCUCUUCGGCACCUCGGACCUCGCGCUCACGGCGGAGGAGAAGAAGGCCGCCAUGGCCGAAUUCUGCGGCAACACCGCGCUCUGCAAGAUCACCGAGGACCUGAUCUUCACCGAGCCCUACAGGAUCGCCGAGAACAACCGCUGGACGACGCCGCAGCUCGACGGCAUCGCCCGGGAGUUCCGCGAGGACGCGGCGCUGAAGGUGGCGGUCUCGCGCCUCAAGCUGAAGUUCCUGUCGGAGGCCCAGGCGCUGAUCCACGGCGACCUGCACACCGGCUCCGUCAUGGUGACCGAAGACGACACCCGGGUGAUCGACCCGGAGUUCGCCUUCUACGGACCCAUGGGCUUCGACAUCGGCGCCGUCAUCGCCAACCUGCUGAUCAACUACUUCAGCCAGGACGGCCACGCGACGCCGGAGGACCCGCGCGAGAGCUAUCAGGACUGGGUGCUGGCGGCGACCGAGGGCGUCUGGACCGGCUUCCGUGCCAAAUUUCUGGCGCUCUGGCGUAACGGAGCGACAGGGGAUGCCUACCCGGCCGCGCUCUUUGCCGAUACCGCCGGCGCCGAAGCGCUGAAGGCCGAACAGGAGGCCUACAUGGACCGCCUCUUCACCGACAGCGUCGGUUUCGCCGCCGCCAAGAUGAUCCGCCGCAUCCUGGGCCUCGCUCACAACAUCGACCUGGAAUGGAUCGAAGACCUGGACCGCCGCGCUGCCUGCGAGACCCGUUGCCUCAGGCUCGCCCGUGACAUGAUGGUGAACCGGGCCAACUAUCCGACGAUCGAGGCGGUGACGGCGGCGGCCCGGAAGAUGCGGGACGCGGCCUGA